AUGCAGAUAGUUGAUGUACUUUCCAGUGUAAUAGCAAGAAAGAAACAUCUUGACUGGGUGGUACAGGAAACGCUGCAAAGUCUAAAGGAUAGAGGUUGUGAGGUUUUAAGCAUCAAAGAAUUUGGAGACCUGCUGGCGAACAUGCACUGUAAGUCGUUAUCUGACAGUAACUAUGAAGAUGUAGAUAAACUACAUCCUGUACAAAAUAUUACUAAGAGAUAUAACUGUAUACUGUAUACUGUAUCCCAUAUCGAUGAAACCAUAUGUAAAAUCGCAUAUCUGGCUGAUUGUGCAUCACUGAAGAGUCUAAUCGAUGUGAUACAGCAGCAUGAUAUUAAAUUUGUAUUUGAUAUAGAAAAUAAGAUAAGACAUUAA